CGGUGCAAUGUCACUUUGUGAUGUUUGCAGAACAUUUCCGUCUUUAAAUCACGAUUAAGUUAUUUUAUUACUCGCAAAGAUAAAAUAGUUUUGUUAAUAACAAGCUUAAGGAAUCCAAGCAUCAUUUGGAUCAAGGGUGACCUGAGGGCUGAAGUAGUGAUGGUUGCCCAUGGAGGAGGAGAGGGUUUCUCCUGCCCUGGAUGUGGAGAGUAUGUUGAGAACUUGGUUGACCAGUGCCCCAAGUGCGACACCCGGAUCGAACGGAAGAGUGACCCAGGCCAUGAUGACAUGAGGGGUGCAAGUCCUAGUGAGGCUAGGAGUUCACCUGUACAGUUUAUAGACGCGGUCCAGUCAUUUGAUUCAUCUGGGGAAACUCAAACAGAAGAGGAGGGUCGAGGGACAAGUGGAGAAACCAGUGUGACUGACGCCAAUGAGGAAUCUGAUAUAGUACAGCCUGAUAAACAGACAGGUGACUUGCGGGAUUCAAGGAGGAAUCUUGAGACAUGUAAUAUUGCAAGUGCGUCUGCCUCUGAUGAAGGGUCAAAACAGGGUUCUGAUGAAGAACAUUCCGGGCACUCUGGUGCUGGUGAAGAUUUCGCCAUCAUUGACCAAGAACAUUUUGCUGGGAGUGCAGACAGCGAUGCCAGAAGUGAAGAGGACAUAUUUGCAGAUGCGAGAAACCAGCAUGAUGAAGUCGAUGAAGGGGAUUCCAAGAAUGAAUCCUCUGAUUCAAGCUCGAUGCCAACCUGGGAGAUGGUCAGCCAUUCUGAGGUGGCAACGCCGCCUGGUGACUGUGAUCAGAAUGUUUGUGGGAAAUCUGAUGUGUUAUUGGAUUCAGAGAUCGAUGUCAUUGCCGGGGCUGAGGUGAAGAUGGAUCAGGAUGGAAUGGCUGUUGAAGGAGCUGUUGAGGAGAAAGAUGAUGCCCAAACAACUCCCGAGAAGCAGCCAGGGGGAGGUGGCAAAGAUGAGGUCACCACUGAAGAUCAGGCUCACAUGCCAAUGAAUAUAUCCGACGCUGAGGACAACUUGUCUGAUGGGACGCAGCUAGAAAGGCGGUUUUCUGGUCUGCAUGUGGAGAAAGCUGAUUCGCCAGGAGAUUCUGGUGACGGAGAAACUGAUGGACAGUUGCAGGUGGCAGAGGAAGUCCAUGUAACCCAGACGACUGAUGGGGCGAUGGAUGAAGAUGUUGUGAUGCGUGAAGAAACCCAGUCAAGGAGCAGUAGUGUUGACUAUGGGAUCAUCGAGUCAAAUGACAGCGCCUCGAAUCAUUCUGCUGACGGAAAAUUGGACGAAUCGGUUCCAGUAACGCUGUCACAGGAGCCAGAACGGGCUACUAUUGAUGACGUGCCAAUGGAAUCCAUUGAAACUGAUAUGCCCCUUGAAUCCUUUACUUCAUUGUAUCACCAAAUGUUGUCACUCACUUGGGACACCUCAGAUCUUUUCUGCCAUGGGAAUAUCCCGCUACCACUCUGCGACGGAUAUGAUUCAGAUUCGAAGAGUACCUGUAAUGAGCCUGUAUCCGAAUCAAAGCGCUGUCCUGAUUGUGGCCAGAAGAAUAAGUUUGUCCGGUGUAAGAAACCCCACGAUGACGGAACACCCUGCAUGCUAUUCAUCAUGCGAGGCGGAUCAUGUCCAUGCUGUGAAGCUGCAGAAAAGGCAAAGGUUGCCAAAGUUGAGUCAGUGGAGGAGGCUCUGUCCAAUCCUGACACCAUAGACAUCAUGUGUCACGGUGACAUCGAGCCACCACUCUGCGAUGGUUACGAUUCAGAUGAAAGCCAGAUCUGCAAUGUAGCACUAUCUGAGAACAUUUUUUGUUCGAAUUGUGGCCAGAGGAAUAAGUAUGUCAGAUGCAAGGAAGUCCAUGAUGACGGGACUGCCUGUAUGCUGUUCAUGAGGAAAGGCAAGCCAUGCCUUUGUUGUGAGGCUGCCAAAGCUGCCACAGCUGCAAAGGCUCUUCCUCCAGAGCCCCCAGUCUGUGAUGGCAAGGAUGAAGAGGGCAAUCCCUGUAACGAACCCAUCGGCCAAUGGAGGUUCUGCAAUAAGUGUGGAAAUAGAAACGAGUAUGUCCAGUGCCAGGGACCAAAUGGAGAUGGAUCGUUGUGCAAGUGGUUUGUUGUACCGGGAAGGAACUGUCCUGUAUGUCGAACAGUUGCCGUUGGCCGGAGACCGAAAUCCAAGAAGCCGGUCUCUCAGGAAAAGGUGCAAUCACCAGUCAAAGAGACGGAGCUCAGAGCCAAGCCUGACAGCAAGCAUGCACGCACUGACCUACCACUUGAAGCAGCUAAAAGCAGAUUGGUAAAGGAAGUCCAGCCCUGUCUGAUGGACCUGGGGCAGAGAGACCAGUCUGAUGAUUCACCUUCCCGACUGACAGGGAAUGAUGAAGCAAGGCGUCAAAACAGUGGAAGGUCUAGCCUCGACUCGGUGUCUUCAGCUGAUGUCAUAAUUUCCGAGUCCAACCGAGAUCAUUCUGGGGAGCUGGGUGACGGUGAUGGGGGCAAAGUCUCCCGUGCUGAUCUUGAGAGCCCGAGCAGUGACCAUGAUCCUGCUGAGCAAACCAUUUCAGAUGAAUCAACUCCUAAAGAACAGUGUAAAGUUAGAGAGCUCAUUCCAAAAGAUAGUGCCAUCGCUGAAGAGAAACUGUUGGGGGCCAAAUCCACCCGGAAGUCGUCUGAGAGACCCAGUGACGAGGACCAGAAGUCUGAUGAAGUCAAUGCUGGUGUAUUCCAAUCAAGCAUGGCUGUUGCUUUGUAUAAACGGCCUGAUGAGAUUGGUGAGACACGUACCCCUCCAGCUGAUCAAGUCUUUGGAUCAUCCCAGGGUGGUGCACCUCAGGGUGGUGCAUCCCAGGGUGGUGCUGGUGAUGAUCACCCUCUGGCCCAUAUUGAUCGUGAGAAUGGCAACGAUGGUGUUGUGUCUGCUUCCAAUGGGGACACAGCGGUGAACCGUGGUGAUGAGGGGAUGGAAACAUCAGGUGAACCUCGGCGCAAGAGAGAGUUAGAAGGCUCGCAUGAGAGUACUUCUGAAAUUGGUGGAAAGAAAUCAAAGGAUGCAGCUGCUGGAGGAACUUGGUACCAGAAGAAGGAUAACCCUCCAGAAGGCUAUAACCUGAGAUCACAGGACAAGAACAAGAAAACGAAAGGUGCGGAAAAUGCAGCAAAGCAGACGAGUGCACAGAGCAAACAAACUAGAAUGAGGAAGAUCCGAUUCCACGUUGUUGUCCACAGGCAUUUCAAGUUUGAUGAGAAGACUGAUGAGAUCAUCAUUCGAUUUGGGCAUCAUUUCCUUGGCGGCUGGAACGAGAACAGACACAAAAUGAAAUUGGUGGAAAAGUAUGACAAGGGGUAUGCACUCAUGGAAUUGGAGAUGGAGAUACCAGAAGACGUAAGAAGAUCUGAAUACAAGUACAUCUUUUCACGACCCGGCAAGAACAAGUUCUCUUGGGAAUAUUUGCCUAACUAUAGCAAGGACGUCCAGCACAUGAUCAAUCGUAAAUUCGAGGUUCCUUACAUGCAGGAGAAACAGAUCGAGUUCGAUCAGUAUGAUGGCCUUAUGUACCCCUCACCUGAAAACGGUGGUUUUUGGGGACAAGUGAAGAAGGGAGUCAGGAAAGCUUUUGGAUAUGAAAAGAAAGAGAUAAUAGAUGAAGUAAAGGAUGCAACGAUGGUCAUGCUUCCAAAGUGGCACUGGUUCUGUUCUGAAACUGCGGCUGGCCAGGGUCUCUGUUUUGGAAAAGCUGAAGAAGUCAUCAAUAAAGUUGACUCGGUGUUUCACUACAUACAGAAUUCAUUCUCAAAUUUGGGUGAGGCAACACCGCGAGAAGUCUGGAGUGAGCUAUUCUGGGAUUAUUUGAGCGAGUGGCAGGCAACUGUCAGCAUGCAAAAUAGUGCAGGCAAGUGGACACGAGAUGUAUUGGAGAUGCGUUUGGUGUCAGCCUUGACAGUCCUUCGCUUGAUUGUGAAGCUGAAUACACUGCUGGCCAAUGAAACACAGAUGAACCAACUGUGCGACUGUCUGCUCCUGAGACCUGAUCAAGAUGGACAGAUACUGCCUUUCUUUGAGAUAUUGAAUAAAAACUUCGAAAAACCAAGGAACCUUGUCUUUCACCUUCUGAUGCUGUGCAAGAAGCUUACUGUUGAUGCCUAUGAUGUGGAUGAGAUGAUACAACACAAGUGGCUUUUUCUCGUACCCCUGUUACACCUUCUGCAUGGAGACGCCGCUAUACAUGAGCCGAUCUGGGAUACACAUGGUACAAAUCAUGAGGAUCCUGCUUGGUGGGGAAUAAAAACUUUCUCACAGUACCAGGCACAUUUUCAAAGAAAAGUGGAUGGCUACAGGAUUCUAGACCUUGAGUUCCUCGUGAAGCACCUCAGCCCCUUGUUCCAAGUUGAUUACCUCCUGCCAAGAACGCUCAUGUGUGUUCUCAGUAAACGUCACAUCAAGUUUGCGUAUGCGAGGGAUGCCUUUCCCCUUGAUUGUUGCAUUGCCAACUGCUUCUAUUUCAUCAAGUCAGGAAAAGGUUAUAUCUUGGAUGAGGAUCAUCAUCACAUGAUGGAGUGUCUUGGCAGAGUGCUGGAGAAAGCCAAGAAAACCUACUCGAUUGACAAGGUGACUACUGACGAGAAAAAAGACUUGGCAUUGAGGGAAAUCCCAUUUGUUGAGAAACUUGCAAGGGAUAUGAUGAAACUUCUGUUACGUGUUACUCAACCAAGCGCAGCGUGGAACAAGGGGAAGUUGAUGGUACCGAUUGGUGUGCAGCUCGUUGUCUGCCUGCUUGAUGCUCAUUUUCGAAUGCUUGACUGGAUACCAAAGGACCAGCAGGAUUGUAUCGCGAUGCACCAUAGAAGUUUGAUGCAAAAUCUUGACGAGUUGAAGGCAUCGGUUAUUUCCUACCUAUCCGGAGUUCUAAAAUGGCCAAUAGCAAAUCGCUUGAGUGAAUUUGCUGAUGCUGUGGAACCAACGCUGUGGAGCAACCUGCUGAAAAUAGAGUUCGCCACAGACAGACCCAGGAACAUAUGGAGGGCAGCCUUGUUGCAGGCACUGGAGAACAGGAUAGGGGAAAUCUCUCACAUACAACAAGUAGAGAUGUACUGUGGAGAGACAGACUUCAGCCGCUAUGACAAGGGAAUUGAGGAAACAUUCAGCAAGAUUGCCUUUGACGUAGUGAGCAAAGAGGUGAACAUUCUGACCAUUACCAGCCACAAUAAGGCCAAGUAUAAGAGGCUUGUGUCUCAAAUGUUUGAGGAGGCUUGGAACCACGCAGUGGGGACACACCGUGAUAAGAUCCUGAUGCACCUCCUGUCAUGGCCAUCUUUUGCAAGGUGUUUAGAGAUAUUCAGCACAGACAAGAGAGAAAUUCUCUUCAACGAUGCCUGCAUUGCUCACAUCACUGCGGCCGUGUCCGUUCUCUCAGAAAAGAAAGAUGUGCUUCUAAAGCACGAGAUCAGGGUCUCAGACUUAGAACUUCUCCUCAAGCACCAGGAAUCAUUCAUCACGCUCUGCUGUAUCGGGGCUGCUCGUGAAGAUGAUGCCAAGGAUCCUGAGGGAAAGAAGGCGAAACAGGAUUCCUUGCAUUCAUAUUUGACACAGUUCUUCCAGCUGAGACAAUAUGAGUUGGAAUACUUCAGGCGGACGUGUGAUAAGCUUCGAGUUCUACUUGGUCAUUGUGCUGAACUUCCCUGCAAAGUCCACACAGAGUCCUUUGCUGUUCUCCUCCGUGAAAACAACAAUAAACGAGCGAUGAUUGACAUUGUUGCUCCAGCCAAGGGGCCAUAUGAGGGAAAGAACGUCCCCAAGAUACAACUCUUUGGGCUAUCCGACAGAUUGCUGGGCAUUCUAGACAAGGUCAAGACCCUGUCAACAAGCAUCAUUCUGAAAAAGUUGUGGCUCAAAUUCGGCACAGUCGAAAAGGAGGAAACUGGUCAUGAUGCAACUCAGCUUCCACUACAGAUUGAUGAUGCAGUUGAUCGAGUUUGGCAGCCAUCUUGGGACAGGUGGUGUGAGCUGAUCUCAAUGUUGAACGUUGGCAAUAUCUCCUUGAAACAGGUUGAUGCAUAUUUCGAAUGCUUCAGGAGGAAGUUUGAAGACAUAAAGAUGGAGUUGGAAUGCAUGCGAGAUUAUGUUGAAGAAGAGCUGAAUGUGGAAGAGAUCCUCAAGCAGAUUGAACUCUACUACAAGUUGGAUGGUUACACCAGGGGUGCUGUGACCAUUCUCAAGGUCAAGAAAGAGAUGGAGCUGACAGGAGACUUCAGUCAGGUCGAGACACUGGCUAAUGUGACUGAGCACAAGCAUAAACCACUCAGGAGCAUGAACAGGAACCUGCUGACGACAGGAAAGAUCUUGGAAAACAUCACAGUCGAGCAGGUGGAGUGUCUGAAGGCUGUGGCCAAGUGCAAGGAACUUGUGAUAUGGUUGAAAGACAUUGGUGGUACAAAGGAGCUAAAAGUAUUUGUUGAUUUGGCGAGUACGACCGCUGGUGAGGGAGAUAUGGACCUGGAUCGCGUCUCCAUGCUCCAUGCUGUGGUGACCGGCUAUGCCCCACUCAUCUGCGACCUGAAGCAAGAUGCUUCUGCCGAGGUUUUCUUGGGCCACUGUAAGAUGGUUUGGCGCGCUUUGGAGUCGGAUAAUAUGCUUACAGACAAAUUGCUGGACACCAAGAGGCACAUGGCCUGGCUGAAGUUCAUCAAGGACUCACAUGGGUCAGUUGAAGUCUCUUCGCUCAGCGAGGUGGACGCCAUCAACGGGCGAGGUGUCUACAAAGUUGGCAAUCUCAAGAAAGGACACAAGGACAUCCGAGAUGUCAUUCAGUUGACGGUGCCUGCAUUGAAAGACGAUCCGAAGAGAACGUACAACAUUGAUCAGCUGAAUGAACUCCAGAGCAAACUGAUGUUGAUGUCGUCUGGGAAGAGAGGUAACCAAGAUGAGGGUGUGCAGCUCAGCCAGAUUGACAGAUUCACAGAGAUCUUUGAAGGUGUGACCAGGCUUGCCAAAGCCUACAUCAGAAUAUGUUCUGCUGGAAAUAUCCUCUUCCAAGAUUGGGUGUCGACACUGUUUUGCAACUUGACAACGAAAAACAAUAUCCGGGUCGACUUCCAUCUGGAGAAGGGAAUAUUGAUGGAGAAGAACCAAGGUCAACUGACACAACAGAUCCACAAUCUGGCCGACUUCAUGGAGUCUUGUUUACAAGAUUGGCAGGAAUAUCUCGUCAGGCAGCGUGGGAAGUAUCCGCAGCUGAAUCAUUUCACAACGGCACAAAUUGUCCUACUUCGCAGUGAGUUUGCCACGGUCACUAGUGCAGACGUCAAAAGCUUGACGUAUAAUAUGCUUCAUAGCGUCAAAACCAAUGCCAGGAGAGAGGAUUUGAUUGGGGCUGUGCGAGCUGCUCACGAUUACCUUGAGGCAAAGGCAUCGCCGCAAAAGGAAGAGGAGGACACAGAAAUGCCCGAGGAACCAUCAGAGAACUUGCUUGAUUUGAAGGAGCGGCUAAUCGACGCGGGCUUCAGUGAGAAGUUGGCGUGUCUGGCUAUCCAGGAGAGUGUAAGGGACGGCUACGAUGAGGAUAGGUGUAUGGUCUGGUGUUUAGAGAAUCGGGACAGAAUCGACAAUGCCGAUAGUGAUGAUGCUGAUGAUGAGGAUGGGGAUGUGACGAUGGGCGAUGAUGGAGAGGCUGAAAUGAUGAGAGAUCUUGAUCGUCUGCAGCCAACCACGUCGAUGAAUACUGUGACAUCAGAACUAUUGGGUCAGCUGGAUAGGCAUCAGAAGGCCCUGUGUGAUCAGCUCAAGGAACUCUGGGACAAGUUUCUCAGUGCGGUCUCGAUGAGCGUGAAGGACUACCGCAGCGUCGAGCAUCUUGGAUUGAUUCUGGACCGGCUCUCAGACAGAGAGGGCAGAAUACUUAGGACCUUCCCACCAUUUCUGAGAUCAGGGCGACCCAACUUGAUUGUCUGCCCAGAAGCUGAUAUAUACAACAUGGUACUCGGCCUUUACAUGGAUGACCCCAAGCUCCCUCUACCAGAUGAUGAGGAGAUCCUUCUCUGUACAAACUCAACUACCACAGAGGAAGUUGACUUGCUCUGGCAACGAGCGACUUGCGAUCAGAUGAACCAGGGCAAGAUCUACUGCCUGGUGAACGCCGACAGACUUGACUAUGAUGUCAGCGAUAGCGUCGAGAAGUCAUUGGAGAAGCACAUCAAAGGAAAGAAAGACUAUCGCCUGGUCAUCGUCUGCUCGUCAGAGCGAGAGGACAAAUCCCGCAUGGUUACGGCACUUGACCGUGACAGAUGCAACCCGCUGAUCCGUCCCACAGCCAAGAUCAGUGAAUACCUGAAACAGCAGUUCAAGAGAGAUUAUCCCGGGGACCAGUCAGCACCAAAGUUAGAUUACGAUAACUGCUCUGUUCGCCUUGUGAAAUCAUCCACUGCGGGGGUAGGCAAGACCCUGAUUGCCACUAGAAUGAGUGCAGACUUGAAGAAGAAGCAUGGUGCGACUGUCAGCAUCCCUCUUCACGAGAGAUACGUUACAGAAUCUGACCUCGUUGAAAAGCUGAUCGUUCGAACAGAAGCUGGGGGUCGGAAUGUUGCCAGGUUGUUUCACAUAGACAUCGGACACGACGUUGUGGAUGGCGUGGACCAUGUCCUGUUCAAUCUCCUUGUCCUCCGCUGCAUUAAAGAUGCUUCUGGGCAAUGUUGGAGGCGGUCGCCUGCUGACCUCUACCUGAUUGAGAAUCUGCCCUUGCUCAAGCGAGAGGUCCAGAGAACAAAUCAAACAGAAAAAGUUCAGUUCGUCCAUCGCAUGCUGAAUAUUCUUCCAAGUGUAACCUGCCGUCCGCCAAAGGAAACGUUGAAGAUAUUGAGGAAUGAAUAUCGACCAGAAGAUUUCAAUCGUGAUGACCCGCUGCUUCACAACGACAUCUGUACUAGCCAGGAAUUCCAGAGACCGUACAGAUACCUGAAGGAGUUGACAGGACGACAGGACACUCCUCCGUUCUUUUGGCUGGACUUGCUCCUGAGAUACUGUGGGGUUGAAAAUCCGUCAUGGGCCGAACUGCGUCACUUCAUCUCGUUCCUGAACAUCCAACUCCACGACUGCGAACAUUCCAUCUUCUGCUCAAACAUACUGAAAGACGAUCUCCCAGGAUUCACAGCGUUCGUUGUCAACUUCAUGAUUCAGAUGUCGAAGGAUUUUGCCACUCGGUCGUUGAAGAUGUCGGAAGAAACGCCCCAGUUACAGCAGGACAUGACCGAUGAGGCUAUGGAGGAAGAGGAGGAGGAUGAACUGCCCAUUGCUCUUCGCAGGACGUGGGAAACAAGCCCCCAUCCAUAUAUUUUCUUCAAUCCUGACCAUCACUCCAUUACAUUCCUUGGCUUCAACAUUGACAAGGAGACGGGUAACUUGAUCGACCACCAGACGAAAGCCGUUCUGAAGGAGAAAAUCAUGUCAAAACAACUGUUUGAGGCACUCAACAGACAGGGUGUGAACCUCUUGGAGAACUUUGAUAACCUAACAAGGGCUGACAAGAUCACCAAGCUGUGCACAGUGAUGGGAAAUGAGAUGGUCCACGACCCAGACGAAACGUACGAACUGACGACGGACAAUGUAAAAAAGAUGCUGGCAAUCUUCAUGAGGUUCCGCUGCAGCAUCCCAGUGGUCGUGAUGGGCGAGACGGGAUGUGGUAAAACGAGACUCAUCAAGUUCAUGUGCGACCUUCAGACCCAGCCGGGGGUAGAAGUCAAGAAUAUGGUGCUCAUGAAGGUUCAUGGUGGUACAUCACAUGCAGAAAUCAUCGCAAAGGUUAAAGAAGCGCAGACGCUCUCGGCCAAUAAUCGAGCAAUGUUCCCCAGAAUGGACACCAUCUUGUUCUUUGAUGAGGCGAACACGACUGAGGCGAUCGGUCUGAUCAAAGAGAUCAUGUGCGACCAGAGCAUGAAUGGUGAGCGCAUCAACACCAACGCAGGUCUUAAAUUCGUCGCUGCCUGCAAUCCUUACAGAAAGCAUUCACAAGAGAUGAUUCACAACCUUGAACAAGCAGGUCUCGGUUACAACGUCAAAGCCGACAAGACGGCUGACAAACUCGGCCGCGUUCCCAUGAGGCAGCUGGUGUACCGGGUGCAACCUCUGCCGCAGAGCAUGCUGCCUCUGGUCUGGGACUUUGGACAGCUCAGUGAUGAGGUGGAGAAGAUGUACAUUAGACAGAUUGUACAGAGAUACAUCGAGCAUGGCCAGCUACCAAAUUACCCCGGACUGAAUGCGAUCAUCACAGACAUUUUGGCUGCCUCACAGGACUUCAUGAGACAACAGAAGAAUGAGUGUAGCUUUGUGAGUCUGCGAGAUGUCGAGCGGUCGAUGGAUGUGAUGUCAUGGUUCUACAGCCAGCGCAGACGCCUCUACAAGCUGAUGGAUGAAGAUGAGGCGGGGAAUACGGAAGACAAAGAUGAAGAAGAAGAAGAGACGGAAGAAGAUGAAGAACAUCGUGAUGACGUGACGCGGUCAUUGAUCCUUGCUCUUGGCGUCUGCUACCACGCGUGCUUACAGGAAAAGACUAGGGUCGAGUACAGAGAUCACAUUGCUAAGUUUUUCAAGCAGCCGUGUGUGUUACCUAAUGGAUCGGAAACACUGCGGAAUGAAAUCACAAGAUGUCAAGAUGUGUUCCUGGAGCAAGUGAAAAUCUCGGAGCCAAACAUCGCCCCCAACCAGGCACUGAAAGAGAACCUCUUCAUGAUGGUCGUCUGUAUCGAGCUACGCAUACCGCUCUUCUUGGUCGGCAAGCCUGGCUCAUCCAAAUCGCUGGCAAAACUCAUUGUGACUGAUGCAAUGCAGGGAGAGACUGCGAGGACACCUUUAUUCAAAGCAUUGAAACAGGUCCACAUGGUGUCGUUCCAAUGCUCUCCCCUGGCGACCCCUGACGGUAUCAAGGGUACGUUCAGGCAGUGUGCCCGGUUCCAAAAGGACAAGAACCUCGAUCAGUUCGUCUCAGUCGUGGUGUUGGACGAGGUUGGUCUUGCUGAAGACUCUCCAAGGAUGCCUCUGAAGACUCUGCACCCCCUGCUUGAGGAUGGGACAUGCGGCAGUGAUGAUGAGCCUCUGCCCCACAUGAAGGUCGCCUUCAUCGGCAUCUCCAACUGGGCCCUAGAUCCGGCCAAGAUGAACCGGGGCAUUCUGGUCCAGCGUGGCGUACCAGACGAAGAGGAACUCAGAAAGAGUGCUGAGGGUAUAUGCUCCACCGAUGUGAGGGUCCUCACCCACAUCAAGGCCAUCAUCCCCAACAUGGCCAAAGCCUAUCUCCAGCUUUACAACUCUGCGUUAGAAAUCAGGGAAUUCUUCGGACUUCGAGAUUUCUACAGUCUCGUCAAGAUGGUGUAUGCCUUCGCUAACCAUUCCCGCCGACCACCCACAUGGUACGAACUCGAGCAUGCUGUUCUGCGUAAUUUCGGUGGAUUGGAGAAGACGGACCCCGUGCAAGUGUUCACGGAGCAUUGCAACAUGCUGGGACAUCAUGAGAGGCGUGGUCGUGGCGACCCAAGGUGCGACCCGACUGGAUUGAUUGAGGCAUGUCUUCUUGGAAACGAAGUGUACAGAGAGAGUCGCUACCUGCUCAUCCUGACUGAAAACUACGCAGCGUUAGGAAUCCUCCAGCAACAUCUUCUGGAGAUGCAGGACACCAUCGUCAUCUUCGGCAGCAGUUUCCGUAGCGAUCAAGAAUACACUCAGGUGUGUCGUAACAUCAACCGCAUCAAGAAAUGCAUGGACACGGGAAAGACCGUUGUGCUGCUGAAUCUGGAGUCGCUGUACGAGUCGCUCUAUGAUGCUCUCAACCAAUAUUACGUCUACAUGGGUGGGCAACGAUAUGUGGAUCUGGGACUUGGAACCCAUCGCGUCAAGUGUCGGGUGGAUGAACGAUUCAGGCUCAUUGUCGUUGCAGAGAAGGAUGUUGUCUAUGAGAAGUUCCCAAUUCCCCUCAUCAACCGUCUCGAGAAACACUUCCUCACCAUGACGACUGUUCUCGACCAAUCACAGAUCAGAGUUGCUAAAAAAGUCGAGAAGUGGGCGAUAGACUUUGUUACAAGGUCACAGCCAGUGAUGUUUGGUUCAAGGGUUCAAAAGCAGCUGAAUCCCGGUGAUGUAUUCUGUGGCUUCCAUGCCGACACAGCCGCGUCAAUCGUCCUGCAGAUCACCAAAGCCCUGGGAACUCCUUCUGAUACCCCUGGAUGGGCAAGAAAAGUUUACACCAGGUGUAAGGACAUCCUCCUGGCGUGUGCCACCCCGGACUCCGUCUUGAGGCUCAAGAACACCAGCCUUAUAGCAGAAGAGACGGAACUGGUUGAGAAGUACUUCAAGGACAACAAGCACCGGAGCCUCCAGGAUCAUGUCAGGUAUCUCCUGAAGGAAUAUAAAGCGGAGGAGGAUGUUUUCUUGGAGGUGACAUCGCGAUCCCAUCUUCUGGCCAAGAAGGAUGCCAAAGCUUUGGGCGCAUUCUUGAAGAUCCCCCACUGCCGUCUGCUUGCCCUACAGGCCAUGGACACCAAGCAACAGUUCUCAAGGGAAUUAAGGGAGUUCUUCAAGCAAGAAAAUGACGAGCGUGUGAUGUUGCUUCAGUGCGACUCUGGUGACCAGAACAGUAAUCUGAUCGCGUGUGCGCGUUACCAGAUCAUGGAGGAGUACAACGAGGUCAAGCCGACCAUGCAGGGACGCGCCCAUUUCGUCUUUAUCGUUCAAAUGCCGAGAGUCGUAGCUGGCUCGUUUGUCGGAUUCCAGGGUGGAAAGUGGCACUCGGUGCACUUGGAUGACCUCCGACCCCCAGCGGGGACCCAGCCGUCUGUCAUCAACAUGAAACAACAAUCGAUCAGCAGUCUGAUCCACGAUGCGGUGGAGAGACUUGCCAUGCCCAGACAAGAGAUGGGUGAACGCCAGGAGACUGAGAUGGAAACUGAGUCCUCUCUGCCGCCUGGCACCAGCACCCCAAUGCCAAUGGAGGUGUCAGAAACCUCCCUUGACAUGGAGCAGAUCAAACUCCUGGGUCUUGAUAAACUACCUCGCGAGCCGUCCGCAGAUGAGUUGAGACGGGUUAUGGAGAUGUCGAUUGGGAGAGCACAGGUGGUUGAAGGCUGUGCUGGCACGCCAGAGGAGGAUGGAGGCAUGUCCGUACCGUGUCCAGGCCCACCACCAACUCGGGUCUUUGACAGGACCCAAGAAGUUCUCGAUGUCGACGGUUUAAUACACGCCUGUCUACAAGGGUCAGCUGCGAUGAUAAAAGAUCCAGACACCGUCGCGGCAGACAGGCCGACAAGACGUCUGCAGAUCCUGUCAAAGGAACUGUCAAGACAACAUGGUGUCACAUUGAUGGGUGCUCUGAGGAUCCGUAUCGCUCAGCUGCUCACAGAGAAGGAGAAUGCUGUCAUGACCCAAAGCUUGGCCCAAGAUUGGCUGAGUAAGGACGCCGCUGCCCCCGAGAAUAUCAACAGAGCGGGAACAUUCAGCCGAGCCAUACAUAUGAUAAUUGAAGGGAAAAUCAUGCCAACUCUGGCUGGUCUUAUAGCGUACCUCGACACCAACAGUAACCUGGAUAUCCUGCAGCGACAGAGGACCGCACGCGAUAAGUGGAUCUGCACCCUGUGGCUAAAGAUGCUCACAGAUGUUCAUGUGACGCCACUGUCAUACGAAAAGUUGCUCCUGUCGCCGAAGUCACGUGCAGAACUGACGGAGAUGAUCGCACAGCAGACGGCCGCCGGACGUCAGCCAUUCCAGCCACAGUUUCCGUUUUCGUGGGAGGUCUAUGCGCAGAUGGAAAUAAUCAUCCAGACUGCAAAGACGAUGAAAGAGGAAGGCCUUGAAAAGACCUGUCAGAGGUUGUUCAGCGACAGUGCUAUCGGAAUGUUCUUCAAGGACUUCUUGAAUGAUAAACCAGAGACAGUGUAUGAUGAGAUGGUGGAUCUCUACAUAUCCGACUUCAUCCACAUGAGUGUGCGUUGUGGCCAGGAGGGGAUGCAGGAGAUCCUAACAAAAACGUUGAAGGCCGCCUUCCGCGAGACUCGCCGCGACAUUGACACAGAAGGUAACGACCUCUAUGGACAGCUGACGAUUCCAAAGCUUCAUCUGACAUUCAUGAAGUUCCAUGAGCGCUUCGAGCACUUCAUUCAGGCGUGCGUCGUCUGGAAGGAAUGUGUUGCUUGGCUGAAGAAGGAGCCGGGUCAUGAACUGAAUACAACCCGAACCGAGAUGACACUUGAUGUGAACAUUCUUGUAAAGAUGGUCGACUACAUCAGUUCGUUGGAUGAGAAACUCAACUCGCUCAAAGGCCGCCAAGAAUGGAGCGAAACCGUCAAGAAAUUCAAACCUGUGAUUGACAGAAUCCUGCAUUCUAAAUAUACAAUUGGUCCAAUCAGCCAGCAGUACAUGCAAAAGUACAGGCCUUUAUGGAUGCGUAUUUGCGUGGUUCAGCUGUUCAUAGACCACGUCUGUCCUCCCCACAUCAAGGAAGAGGCGGGGCGUGUCGAUUCCAUCAGGCCACUCUGGAUGUUCCUCGGAAAAGAGGUGAACUUCCGUACGCCAAAGUCACUGACGAAGGUAGCCGAGUUCUUGAGAUCGUGCAAGUUCAACACAGUCAAGAAAAUCUACAAGAGCAACUCGAAAUGUAUCGCUUGUGAGGAGCCGAUGAAGGACCCUAUGGUACUCCCCUGCAAACACGACAUCUGUCGAACAUGUUUCCGGGACCAAAUGGAAGUUGACAAUAGAGAAUGCCUCAAAUGUAAGGCAGUUAUACCUGAAGACUUCACAGCUCCUGAGAGAGGAGCAAAUAGGAAGGGUGACGAAUCCUACAACAGAUAUAUCUGCGCCUGCAACGAGUUCUUCAUGGACCUCGUCUCCCAGCUGUGUUUUGCCGAAGACAAACCGCCAACCCAGGAAGUCAUCGAAAUCCUCAUGUCGUACGUCAUCCACGAGCCCCGUGGGGACAAACGUGUCGGGAUGCGUUCACGUACUAAGGAGUUGACUGUUUACGACGAGUGCAUUGACGCAUCCCCUGUGCUACGAUCGCUCCUGUUACAGCUGUUACUCCGAUACAGCUCGGAUGACGUCUGUGAUCACCUCCAGUACUUCUUUGAGCGUUCUCAGCGUCUACUGAAAGAACCGGGACAUAUCGUCGAGUUGUCUCUCCUCUGUGCUCGCUGCUUCGAGGAUUCUUAUCACAGCCACUGUGGCUUGCAGCCUGGGAAUGCCUUGAAGACCAGGGUCGAGUUUGCCACAAGAUGCAUGCACGCGGCUGAAAAAGACAUUGGCACCAAUGCCCUCGACAUUAGAAAGGUCGAAGCAAUCGCCAAGACCAGAUUCGGAAUGAGCGUGGCUGCCGAAAUGAUGAACAGGAUUCAUAUAUUGAAAGAGGAGAAUCAUGACAUGCACGCUGCCAGACGACUGUGGGAUGUGGCCCAGCGACUCUCGGAAUCGAGCAAUUCAAAGUGGCCGAGGUUGUUUCUCGUGAAGCAGCUCUGCAGAAAUUAUGGGAUGGAGAGCUUGGACACCAUCUCGCAGCGCCGCCAUCUGGCCUGGGUGAUGCCCGAUGAAGCUCGGGGCAGAGAGGAUAACGGGGUUGAUAGGUUCAUCCUCUUUGGUGCACAGUACAAGACCGUACGCGACGAGGUGGCUGCUGUCAUUUUAGGGGGCUCAGUCGAGGAUUUUAGGGGGAAAUGUCAAGGAUUGAAUGGCAACAAGCAGGUUAAGGAGGUCUCCUGUCUGUUGGCCCUGCAUCGUGAGGUCUACACGCGCAACUUGUUUGAACCGAAUGUUGCCCAAAGGGUUACAGAUCAGACCAUCGACAACAUACAGAAUGUGUGUAUGAACCAGGCAUUCAUGAACAACAAGCAAGCAGUGGUUGAUACCCUCGAAAAGGUCAAAUCAAACAAAAUAGGCCCUGAACCAGUGGAAGCCGACAAAAUGACAAAGGAUGUGUGGGAUCUCUUGGUGCAGACGACACUGGUCAUGCAGUCCUUGAAGGAGACACCCCUCCUCAAGCCCUUCAAGGUCAUGGCCUCCCAGGCCGGGAGGAUGAAAGAUGCGUUUCUGCCGGUGAUGCCUCAUGAUCAUCUGGAGGAAACUCGUGCGGCUCUGCUUGCGGCCAGGAGAGGUGCUGGCGAUGAAAAUCCUGUCUUCUACUCCUGUAGUCGAGGUCACCCGUACGUCAUCGGAAAUUGUGGUCGCCCAGUUGAACGAGCAAAAUGUUGGUGUGGUUCGGAUAUCGGUGGCAUUGGUUACCAGCUGAAGGAAGGCAACGCCAAAAUUGAUCAUAGGGACAACACCCAGAAGGGUUAUGUCCUUAACGUCGCUGAUAUGACGAACCUCACCCCCAUCCCGGAGAGAAGCAUGUCUCCAGCUGCCACGACUAUCGUCCGUCUGCUGUUGCAUCUCUCCAUGCACAUUGGGACCAAGAGUGACCUGCCGGGUGUCACUGCACUCAUCCAGCCACCGAUCCCAGCUGACCAGGUGCGAAGAUUCCUCCUUGAUCACAUCCGCCACGACAUCCAAGUCCUUGGCCGAGCCAUCAACAAGUCCCCCGACGACUGUCUGACGCUCGUGACCAUCCUGAUUGAAACAUUCAUGGAGAAUAAGAACAGUGAUGCGCACGUCAACGCUGAUCUAACCACUAAAGAGGCACGUGCUGCCUGGGAGAAAGCUUUCACCGAGGCCUAUGUCAACCCACUUCUAAAUGAUUUAGAUGCCAUCCUGAACAGAGCAAACGCCGCGCUGGUGAAUGACGAACGUUUGAGUAACAACCCGCUGAUCAAGAUCGUACACGAGGUAAUCAGCCUCGGGGACCAGGUUGAUAUCAGCCAGAUCCAUGACUGUCAUCUGAUGUGGCAGUUCCGCAGCCGUGUCACGGUGGAGCACCUGACACAACUGAUGAAUGAGCAUGCGGGCGAUAAAUGCCCUGCUGAGACCCUGAAGCUGUUCAUUCGUGAGGAACCCCACCUGCGUCUGUUGUCACGGUUACCUGACAUCAUCCGGCUCCAGCAGCUGUUAAUCCAGCAUUACCAGCGUCGUAUCACCCAGGCUGAGGCCAGGACCAUAACGAUCAAGGAACUGCUCCACUCACUCACUCAACAACAGCGAGGUGAAUGGCUACAUCUCUUGGAAGUCUUCACCAGUGUUUGGAAGAAUGUCAAAGAUAAGCUUGUCAAUUACAGUGCAAGUGGCUACACCCUCCCUGAAGAGAUGUGUAACAUGACGGUCAACCCCAACACCCCCAUCGCCAUGCUGAUUCCAAGCUCCAGGGGCCUGGGUCUGUGCUCCAUGAUGCUGGUCGAGUACCUCACCAGGAGACAGAACGACUUCAUCAUGGCGUAUUGUCGACACAGAAACAAAGACUCCAGAGAGCUCCCCAAGUUUGGUGUGACAGAAGCUACAGCCGCUCACCUGAUCUACUACGACCCUGAGAAGGACCUCCUCCCCAUGGUCCUCGCCCACUGUAACUACUCCCUCGAGGUCGGCAAGGGCACUGUCAUCAGUUACGACUUCGUUCGCCUGGAGCGCGAGCUGGAGGAGAGACUGCUACGUGGCAAGCCCAAGCUUGUGUUCGAUGUGGCACCCAUGGUGUUCAAGACCGAGUAUCGAAACGCGAGGGUCAUAUUUGGUGCGUUGAGAGACACCAUAAGCCAGGAGCCAAUGAGUCAUGCAGUCAAGGCGGAGAUUCUGCGAGAGAACCGCGUCUUCCAAGAUCUCUGUGAAACGAUUGCCAGCCUGGACAUCACGAUCGCCUGGCUACGCGACAUCAAGCUCGAACCUGAAACUAAGCUUGUCACGUUCAUGCACAAUACGCUUGAAAUGGACAAGGAGAUUCUCUCACCGCAGAUCCAGCAGCAUUGUUCACUGAUGCAUGUCCAGUCCUUGUGGCUCUUACUCACCAUGGAGCGAUCCAAACAGCUCAAGUACUUCAACCAGGAUGCAUUUGAAGACGUCUCCGAGGAUUAUCAUGAACCAUUAGAAGGCGAGGCCACCUUCGCCAUCGAACAAGCCUUGCAGCACCUGAACAUUGACAGGUUUGUGUCGGAACUCUACGAGUGCAUUCUACUGAACAUCAACCUCCAACGAACACCCAAUGAUGAAGAUUUCCAGGACAAUACCGAGUACAUCCUUGCCGAUGUGAUGACCGUAUACAUCAGCUCGAAAGACGGCACAGAGAUUCUGGCAUUGACGAACGGCGUCUUCCCCAAAGAGGUCAAGGUCAAACAUGCUGUGGCCGUCUGGACGGAGGCCAUCAAGGUGCAGCGCAAGGAAGAAAAAAACAGACGACAUUAGAUUCGUUCUUUCAUUGCAUUCUAAAUCCAUUGACUUAAUUCGAGUGUUGCACUCAGAAUCACACAGGAACAAAAAGAGAUAUUGGAUCAUUAUGGAAAGUAUCCAAUUUAUGUGAUUGAUAGAUAUCAAUCCUGUGAAAGUUGAGAAAAUGCUUAGCUGAUGGAACGGGUGAGGUCAAAGUCAAGUGAUAGUUCAGUGUUAGAUGUUGAAUUUUUUAUUUUGGAGGUGAAACUUGGCAAUUUCAAUUGUUCAAACUGUCAAUGAAUACAGUGCCUUUGACACUAACAAUACAGAACUUGACUUUGACCCCUCUCAGAUUGUUGGAGAGAGGUCUACUUCACGAACUUCUCAGCUUAGUCUCUUGAGUGUCAAAGUGUUAUAGUAUCCAAAAUUAUAAACUGUUGGAAAAAAAUGCCAUAUUGCCAUGCUUUUUGUUUUCACGUACUUAUAGACUGUGAGAAAAUGAUUGCUGACAUGUCAGAACAAACUACUCAGUCCUGACCUGUUCAGCCACUAAUUGGGCCUUGAUUGAGCAGUUUGUACUGCCAGAUUUUUGGCACGUUCUCAAAUAUAAUAUUCCAGACAGCAUCAUUAGAAUUUCUCAUGUAUAAGAAGUCGUUCUGUGUCAAAUGAAUUUGAUUGUGAUUCUCCCCAUUGGUGGAGGACUUUUUUUGUGUUCCCUCAUUAUGCUGAACUUAACUCUGUUGGUGUGAUUGUGUAUUUUUGAUUGAGUCUGACACCAUAUUGUACUCUAUUCUUCUAUGUCACAGUAGGCUGAUGUUAUUGUUUUGCUUGCAAUUAUAAGCUUGUAUUUCAGUCAAUGUGCUCAAUGUGCUGUGAACUUUUUGAAUUAUUUUCUCUUAUAUGAUCAUUAUCAUCUGAUAUAAUAUGUGUUCAUCUUAGCAGCUGUAUAAUCACACAUGUAUACAAUAGGAAGAUGAUAAUGUGCUCAAUGUGCUGUGAAGUUGCUGCUUUGAAUUAUUUUCUCUUAUAUGAUCAUUAUCAUCUGAUAUAAUAUGUAUGAUCAUUAUCAUCUGAUAUAAUAUGUGUUCAUCUUAACAGCUGUAUAAUCACACAUGUAUACAAUAGGAAGAUGUCAAUGUGCUCAAUGUGCUGUGAAGUUGCUGCUUUGAAUUAUUUUCUCUUAUAUGAUCAUUAUCAUCUGAUAUAAUAUGUGUUCAUCUUAACAGCUGUAUAAUCACACAGGUAUACAAUUGGAAGAUGAUAAUGUGAUCUCCUGAAUAUAGGACUGACUAGAAUGAUCAUGCAACUUAUCUCCGACUUCACACGGAUUUGCAUUUUCGUCAUUUGGUCCUGGUGUUCAUAGAUAUUGACACGGCCUAAUGUGAUUGAUUCAAAUUGAGAGGUGCUACUUUAGGCCGGGACUGUUUGGUUGUUUUCCGCCAUUUAAAAAAAUUGCGGGGCAGCAAUGUUUUCACAAAUAUUUCGGGUUUUUCAGUGGAGGGGUAUUGGCCAGGAUUUGGGAUAAACCCAGUGGCUGUGUUUGUGCAAUUUUGGUUAUUUUUGCAUUUGAUGGUCAAGUUGCAAAAAAUGUUGAUUGGUGUACCUCCAGAAGAUACUGAUAAGAAUUGAAACAGAUGUAAAUAGAACAUAAAUAUAAUUCAUUUUGAGGUUCAAAAAGCCAUAUUGCUGAGAAGAAGAGCUGGCAAAACCAGUCAGGAAAAAAGUGAACCACCCUUUUUGCAUAUGGGUAAAAGUUUAUUAUAAUAAGACUGGUGUUGUAAGCAGAGGUUAGAAAACCGAAAAAUUAGUCGCACUGUAUAAGAAAUUUUGUAAGAGAACUUUAAAUGCAUGUUAACUGUUCUUCAUAGGACAAAGAUUUCAUUGUAUCCCAUUUGCAGUAGUGCAGCGGGAUCUGUAAUAUUUAUGUCUCUGCUUUGCGAAUCCUUUAUAACCAAAUUUGAUUUCUUCAUUCAAAACUAUUAAGUCUAACAUACAUAACGAUGCCUUGCUGUAAUUUUGUAAUCGUUAUUAAAGUCCAAUAUCAUAAUUUACUGUGUUGCUGUUCUUUUGUCCUGUUGAGUCUCCUUGGUAGAAAGCGGUGGUCUGGGCUUUCUGUCCUCCAACGAUGAGAAAAAGGAACAGACGUUUAAAAUACAAUUGAUAGGCAACGAUUCCACACAGAGGGGGUUAAUUUUGAGAGAAAAAAGGUAUAUCCUUCUCAUAAGGCAGAAAUUUGGAUAAUGUAUGCACAGAAAUGCAACUUCACGCAGCCAUUUUUAUUCUGUGACGUCAUAGAAUAAUGCCAUACAAUAGUAAAA